AGGUAUCAAGUGAUGAAGGAGAAGAUAAGAUGAAAAGGUUCAAUUUAUAAAUAAGAUUCAGUUUGAUCUUGUGAGUUAAACCAUCCAUUCAAUUUCAAUGUUUACAGUUAAUCCAACUUUUCUAUGUAAUUAUUUUCAUUGCAAUUGUUCAACUAUUUAAGCCUUUUGCUUCAAAAUGUUUCAAAAUAUUUAUAGUUUUCUGCUUUUCUCAGUGAUUUAUGUCAAUUUUUGUGUUGCACCUUUAAUUAGUUUACAAUUUAAUAUCACAAAUGAAGUGAUUAACUCGUUGGACAGUCAUAAAGUGAGUGGAUCAACAUUAGAUUUUGUGAAUCUAUUGAAGGAUAAAUCAUUCUUUUGGUCAGCUUUGUUAAAAUUGGAUUCAAUUGACAAUGUUAAUACGACAAUCUCACCUUUAUGUUACCAAAGUAUUCAAUUGAUUAUCAACAAAUUUCAACAAGCAGAUCCAAUUGGUUUGAAAAUGAUUGAUUCAUCAGCCAGUUUUCCCAAUGGAUUUCUUGAUGGAACUUUAGUUGAUUUCGGGGAUUUCGAUGAAUGUCUUUCUCUUAAAUUCCCUUUGCCCCUUCGAGUACUGGGCAAUUCAACACAUGAACAUCAAAUGACGGGUAAACAUUGUAUGGUUAAAGUUCACCCUAUUCUCGAUGUUAAACAGUACAAGGCAUUGGAAAACUCGUGGAUGGUUAAGAAUGACUUUCCCUUGAACAUCGGUAUUUGCAUUCCAAGCUCUUGUUCGACAAAUGAAAUUCAAUUACUUCUCUCGAAAGCUUUGUAUUCAUCUUAUCGUAUAAUUGAAAAGCCAUACUGUGAUGAACCAUUUGAGAGCUCUAAAUUUUUAAAUAGCUUAACAACUGGACAAUUGAUAUCCAUAUCUUAUAUUUUAGCAAUGGUGAUCAUGGUUUUGGUUGCUUCACUCUAUGAUUUUUAUUUGCGAUUUUCAAAGCGAAAAGUGAAUAAAAUAGCUUCCAGUUUAUCAGCAAUUUCAGCGUUGUUGGAUUUAUUAUCAGCUGACAAUGAAAGGUUUAAAACUCGAAAAAAAAGUAUUGAUUUGAUGAGAUUUGUUUGGGUUGUAAUCAUUAUAACAGCUCAUGCAGCUUUCUGUGGAAUCGAGCCUCGAGUCAUUUAUAAAGUCGCUCGAUUAGAUGUCGACUUACCACUUUUCUUCGAACGCUUCCAUAACCAGCCUUUAUUUAAUGCUGCCGUUAUUGAGGGCUUCUUUUACAUCGGAGGAUUCGUUACAUAUGUUUCAUUGCAUACGAUGUUAUUCAAGGGAACAGCUUCAUUGGGUAGCUUCGCAAUAAACCGAUGGAUGAGAUAUAUGCCUGGAAUGAUCAGUAUAAUGGCGGUGGAACAAGUUUGGCCUUUACUAACUAACGGACCAAUGGCAGCUGAAGUCAGAGACAAUAUUUAUAAAAACUGUGCCAAAAAUUGGUGGAAAAAUAUCUUCUUUAUCAACAACUUUGAUGGUUUGGUAAACAUGUGCUUAACCCACACAUGGUAUGUUAGCGCAGACAUUCAACUCUUCCUGAUUGGAUUAGCUGUUAUGGCCAUUUUAAGGUUCAACAGAGCCAUAGGUGUUUCACUGAUGUAUUUCUUGGUUAUCCUAGGAAUGAUGUUGACAGGUUUAACAGCAUAUUUUGAAAAUCAUAUCCCAGCAAUUAUCUUGGCCAACAAAGAUUGGUGGGGUUUUCUUGAUUUUAUUGACUAUUCGUAUCUCCCAACAACACCUCAUCUUACUCCCUAUUUCAUGGGAAUUCUGGUGGGUUAUUACUUUAAAAAUGAUUCCAAAUUGCUCAAUAAGACAAUUGAAAAGAUACUUUGGCUUUUCUGUCCUAUCGUCUUUAUCGUUAUAACAUUCAUGCCAGCUUUAUGGAACACAUUCAAAUGGGAACCUCAAAAGUAUUACUCCGCAGCAAUCUAUUUGACUUUUUAUCGCUUUUUGUGGACAUUUGCUUUUGCAUGGGGAAUCUCUAUUCUCACUAAAUAUGUAAUUAAAGUUGUUAAAUUUAUGAAAGAAGCUUCCGGAAUGUCUAAGUAUCCGACUGGAAAUCCUGCUUCAUCUCCAAGUUCAUUCCAUGUAACUUCAUUAAUUUUGGGAGUCGCUCGAAUGUAUUUCUCUAUUUAUUUGGUACAUUCAAUUUAUGUUCGUUGGUAUUGGACAUCUUCAAGACAAUUAUUUGUUUAUGAUGCAUUUAAUAUCGGAGAAAGAACUGUUCUCAUGGUUGGAAUGUCGAUUAUAACAGCAUUUUUCUUUUAUGUAUUGUUUGAAUGUCCAUUUGAGAAUCUAAGGACCAGUAUAUUCAAGAAAACGAUUGAAUAAUUAUUUAUAAUUAUUAUUAGUAGUAACAAACUAGUAAAUUUGUGAUUAUGCAAAGCUAAUAUGUGAUAAACUAUUUCUAUGGAAAGAAGAGCGCAAUUUUCUGAAAACUUACCACCAACCUCGCAAUUAUCACCAUCUUUU